AUGAUGGCACCACCACCACCGACUCCGCUGUCAGCGACGUUCGAGCUGGAACACAAGAGAGCGGUUGCUGCCCGCAUAGCCAAGUACAUAGGCACAAUGAUCCAAUCUGGACGGACACUCGACUCGCGUUGA